GCACGUUCCCCAGUUAGUGUGGCAACCAGCUGAGUAGCCACACUUCCACGCUCAGUGUUGGAAUCCUCUCCAUCGAGUGAGCCAGUCCUCGUUCCUUCUCUUUGUCAAGAUGGCAACAGCUGACAUGAAGAAGACGGCGUGCGUCACCGGAGGGAACGGGUACAUCGCCUCGGCGCUCAUCAAGAUGCUGCUGGAAAAGGGGUACGCCGUGAAGACGACGGUCAGGAACCCCGAUGACAAGGAGAAGAACUCCCACCUCGAGGGCUUGAAGGAACUUGGCCACUUGGAGGUCUUCCGCGCCGACUUGGACAAUGAAGGCAGCUUCGACGAAGCCAUUGCAGGCUGCGACUACGCCUUCCUCCUGGCCGCUCCGGUGAACUACACGGCGAAGAAUCCUGAGAAAGAGCUGAUCGAGCCUGGCGUCAAAGGCACGCUCAACGUCCUGAGGUCGUGCGUGAAAGCCGGGACGGUGAAGCGUGUGAUCCUGACCUCGUCGACGGCCGCCAUCUCCAGCAGGCCGCUGCAAGGCUACGGCCAUGUGCUGGACGAGGAGUCCUGGUCCGACGUCGAGUACCUCACAGCCAAAAGGACUGGUCUUUGGGCGUACCCGGUCUCGAAGGUGCUCCUGGAGAAGGCGGCGUCCAAGUUCGCGCAGGAGCACGACAUCAGCCUGGUCACCCUGUGCCCCUCCGUCACCGUAGGCGAGGCGCCGGACAGACAGGUCUACACGACCGUCCCCGCCAUCCUCUCCUUGCUAUCCGGCGACGAGGCAGAGCUCCGUGUGCUCAAAGGCAUCGAGAGGGCCUCCGGCUCAGUUCCGCUGGUGCACGUCGAGGACGUCUGCCGCGCAGAGAUUUUCGUCGCCGAGGAGGAAGCGGCCGCGGGGAGGUACAUCUGCUGCAGCCUCGACACGACCAUCGUCGAGAUGGCCCGUUUCCUGGCAAAGAAGUACCCGCAGUACAACGUGAACACAAAUAUCUCCGGCGAUCUCCUUGAGGAGCCGAUAGCGCUCCUGCCGUCCGCGAAGCUGACCAGGGAAGGGUUCGAGUUCAAGUACAGGACGCUGGAUCACAUAUACGAUGACAUGGUCGAGUACGGCAAGACCCUGGGGAUUCUGCCCAGCUGAUGCUCCUCUGCUUUGUCUGGCUUAUCGCAAUUCAGAACACUCAUCCACGUACUUGCAAAAUAAGUAACGCUACUGUUACGCUGAAAUGUAUCGAUUCCGUCAGUUUGUUUAAAUGUGGUUCUAUGACUUC